GUGUGGCAGUGAACAGGGUGAGCCACAUACGACAGCUGCGCAGUAGGUAGCAACUCAUGCACAUCACACACAUAUACAUAUGUACAUGAGGUAUUUCCUUGUUUUUGUUUUGCUCAUUACUUUUAGUCACUGCUUGUUUUUGUGCACAUAUUCCAAACAGUCGACACAUAUGGAUGCACACGGAGUACAGCACAGAAAAAAUAAAUAGUAACAAGAGAUUUUACUUGCAGUUGUCGUAUUAACAGGUUUUUAGUUAACAUAACGCUACGAUGUGUACUAAGUUAAAAUAUAAUAAUUCUUAAAAAAUUGCUUCAUAUUUCGACAGAGAAUGUUAAUGAAUAUUUAAUAAUAUUUAUUACAUUCUCUCAUUUCGAUAGGUUAAUUGGCACUUUUCUUUAGUGAAUUAUAGUACAAAACUUUCAGCAAACAAUUUCAUCUUUCAAUUUUAGGCUUUUAUUUUUUAAUCUUCAAAAAAACAUUCUAACGAAUAAGCAAUCAUUUGAAAUAAUUUCAAAAAGUUGUGCGAAAACAUUUGACUAGCACUGUAAACAAAAAGUUUGCUGCAAUUCCACAUACACUGCCUGCAAAAUAGUUGGAUGCGACUCUGCGCUUUUGUGCACAUUUUUUGUGUGACAAACAGAAGAAAAACACGAGUUUGCGUGAGAAUUGCACAAGUUUUUGUCAACUCGGCCGGCAUCUAUUCGUUUGCUGCUGGCACAUUGAUCCAUAUAAUUAAAAGCGCGUUUGCGUCAAAUAUUGUGAAAUUCUUGAACAAAUUUUUCCAAUAUGACGGUUUCGCGGGAGAAGGCAUCGUUAGCUGUGGUGCCUCCCAGCGAUAGUGAACAAAUCGAAUGGUCGGCCGAAGAAGAAAUACAAUUGUUUUUUGCAUUGGAAGGUUUGAAGCCAGUCGGGAUAAAUAAGCAUUUCUAUAUGGCUUGUAUUGCUGAUCGACUGUCGAAAAAUUUACAACGUGAUGUACCAGCCGAAGCAAUAUGGGCGCAUUUACGUACCAUGUACAAUUUGGAUGUAUUAGAUGAAUUGGAACCGCUGCCAUUUCCCAAUGAAGAAAGGGAAUUUUCACUGCCGGAGACCGAAUUCUCAGCAUUGCUGUCAAAAAAGCGUGCUGAGAGCGAAGAGAAACAACGGCUUAGUAGUGUGGAUUCUAGUGGUGGUCCGCCCUCUAUUAUUGCUGUUGCUACUGAUAAUACAACAAAGAGCGGUAAUUCAGAUAAAACUUCAGCACACAAAGCGAAUACCAGUAGUCAUAAUACAAAGGAGAUGGACAAAAAGAAUACAGCAAAGCUGACUGAUAUACCGAAACGUGCACCAAAACGCACGCGUGGUUCAAUGUCUUUAGAAUCAAAUAGUAGUCCAUCCACAACACCGCCACCAGUGCAAAGCAAUAAGAGGCGGCGCAUAUAAAUACCAAAAAAAAAAAAUUAGUAAUUAAGCCUACCAAUCAAAAAUUGUGUUAGAAUAACAAUAGUAAUUAGAAUAGUGCUGAAGCAACCAGCAUCUUUACUGGAGUUUAUCCUUUGAUACAUUUAUGUUUAAAUAUAUUUACAUAACUUUUUGUAUGUGUAGUUCCUAAGUUCAUUCUAAUUUAAUAUCACAAUACUUUGACUGUUUGCUGUUUUUACGAAUAUAAGUUAUGCUCAAGAGCUCACCAAAUCAAUUGUUUAUAUUGUUCAUAUAUAUUAUGAAAACAAUUUAAAAGUAUAAGAUAAUAAAACAUAUGUUGCGAAAUUGCA